AUGCCAGUUAUCACAUCAUCAACAACCACUUCAACCUCAAAUAAAGAAAUUUCGAUUAAUGUUAAUCAGUCGAAAUAUCAAAAUAAAGAAAUUUCGAUUAAUGAAGGAGCUGGAGGUUCGAUUUCUACACUUGUCAAAUCAACCUCAAAUGUUGAUCCCAAAGACAAAGGGAAAAACAUUCAAGUUGAACAAACUGAUGAGGAGAAGAAAUGGCUACAAUCAACAGAGAUGGAAAAAAAGACACAUAAACACCAUUUUGAGUCAAAUGCUGAGUUAAACAAGGGGGAUCCAAAAAAGCAAUGGUGUUACGAAAUAAUUGAGAUUUUUGUUCUUGGUAAGAAUGAUGAAUUCCUGAAAAAUCCUAAGAAAAGCUAUGACACUGAGAACUUGGAAUUCCAAUCAACUUGA